UUAUCAAUCACGUUAUCAAACCUCAUCAUCAGGUCAAUGUGCAAGGUUUCCGAUCGGUCAGAAUUAAUUUAUUACAGGUUCACAGUCACUCAAUGCGGGCUGUGAGGCUUCACAUGGCCUCUCACAUUGCAGAGAUGCAGGUCACAACGUCAGCAUUUCUUAUCAUAGUUGGCUUUUUCGUUUCCUGGUUGCCUUAUGCUUGCUUUUCAUUGUGGACCAUGUUUAACGACGUUUCCGAAAUGUCGCCGACUGCAGCAAUUAUCCCACCAUUGUUUGCAAAGGCGGCGUACGUUUGGAACCCUUUGAUUUACUUUGGGAGAAACAACGAUUUCCGUCGUGAGUUUAUCGACGCCCUCAUGCAUUCAUCUAAUGAGGAGAGAAACGUCGUCCACAUGGUGAGAUUGCAAGAAUGCAGAGCGCAAGAGCACCUGAUAACACUCCAGGAGGAAACUGAACUGUAAUGCGACAUCUGACUUCGAUUAUUGGAAACAUAAACACCAUUUCAAUACAAUGACUAGCAAAUAUGUUACUUUUUAUAUUAAUGUGUAAAUAUUUCUGUAACACAUCCAUGAUAAGACACAAUAAGAAUGCGAACAAAGCGUGUACAAUACACCUAUUAUUUAGAAGCGUGAAUGUGACUCGGGUGUAUGCAUAAUGUAUACCAACCCCUUGAGACUUUUAUUUCCAAUCUACUUAAGCUGCACCCGAGUCAAACUCGAACUGAAUAAUUCUUAAUAGCCUGAGUUUAUUUAUAGAGGAUUCCAUACUUCCCCACUAAAUGUGCUUAAUUCUAACAAAGUUUGAAAACUAGGAAGUUCUAUGUUGCAUAUCAAAAAACAGUCUAGAUUUAAAAGAAAAUACAGUCGA